AUGACCAACCUCGAACGCAAUCUCAAUAUCAUGAAGGGUCAGACAUACACUGGCAAUCCUAUGAGCCCGGGUGACAACACGAUGAAUACUGCAUUGAGCAGCAUCGAUGAGGCCGCGGUCUGCAAAGUGAUCAGUGAACUCCGGGGUCAGAUCGCCAUUUUCCGCUACAUACAGGCAAUCGAGGACGAACGGACUUCUGUCUUGCCGAACAGUGGCAAGCGCCCAGCUCCAUUAUGGGAAGAAUUCCACGCCCAAUAG